UCCGUCCCGGAAACAAGUUACCACGAAGAUUCUCCCCUAGGUUGAUAAGUGCUGUGAGACGCCAGCUGAGGAGGUGUACAAGGUUUUUCUCUUGGAGGGGCAGAGAGAUAAAAGGCCUAGCCAUGGCAUCUUUAAUCAGAAAGGUGAUCAGCACUACAAAAGCUCCAGGGGCCAUCGGUCCUUACAGUCAAGCUGUCUUGGUCGACCGGACCGUUUACAUCUCGGGACAGAUAGGCAUGGACCCUGCAAGUGGACAGCUCGUGCCGGGAGGGGUGGCAGAGGAGGCCAAACAGGCUCUUACAAACAUGGGUGAAAUUCUGAAAGCUGCUGGCUGUGACUUCACCAAUGUGGUGAAAACAACGGUUCUACUGGCUGACAUAAAUGACUUCAACACUGUCAAUGAAGUCUACAAACAGUAUUUUAAGAGCAGUUUUCCUGCAAGAGCUGCUUACCAGGUCGCUGCUUUGCCCAAAGGGAGCCGCGUGGAGAUUGAAGGAGUGGCUGUCCAGGGACCCCUCACAACAGCGUCGCUAUGAGCAGGGCCGGCAUGAGUUAGUCUGCAAUCUCAACAGCGUUUUUAAAUUAACAUCGUAAUUUUCACAGUUGAUGUUGGAAAGUGUAUGAUUGACUAAAACGCUGGAAGUUACUAUGGAAAUGCCAAAUAACAGGGGAAAUGAGCAUGAAUUGGAGGUCUGAUGGCAACUCCAGUCACCGAUGUUGUAAGUCACACGCACACUCAUGCGACUGGAUGUGGGAAAAGACACAUUCCUUAUGUCCUCAAAUAAACGAAAGUAAAGGGAAAUAAUAUGUAGGAAAGAGGCGUUGCUAUUCCUAAUAAAUCAUAAAAGCACAACUAAUUCAAUUAAAGCCUAUUAAUUUAAUGAUGUGAAAUAUUUAAUCCUCAUGUCUGCUACAUAACUCUGCUUUUGAGUAAAAUUAAAGUACUUAAGUUUGAAUGACAGGUGAAGGGGAGGAAAGUAAACCACAGUUUUCAUAGAUAGUAUUUUUCUAAUGGAAAUAAACAGACAUGCAAAUUUUCCUUGGUGUGAUCUGUUCACUUAUUUUUUAACAGUUUAAUUUAUAUUUUAAAAUGCUUACCUAAAGGUGGGGGGAACCAUGAAAUUAAAAACUUUUUUUUUCUCAAAACUUACUUCUGACUUACUAUAUUUUUACACUGUUGUAAUCAGGCUGUGUAUAACUAUUUUGUGUUUGAUUCAUUAAAGUCUUUUAAUUUAGACAA